CACAAGCACAAGUCAAUGUAACGUUAGUUAACAGAAAGAAAAAAACAAUAACGUUAGCACAAAUUUUGGCAAACAUCCGUAAAAUUUAACAAUUUUCUAAUUUCUAAUCGCUGGAAUUUCGAGUCCCAAGCAUGAUUUAUAUUGACGUAUCUGAAAACAUGAAUCAAACCCUUCAGCGUGUUAUCGAGAUCGAGAUGCGUAUGCAACGGAUCGUGGAACAUUUCCAGAACCUGAAUCAGGCAGUGACUGAGCCAUUUUUAAAUUGUAAGACGAAUCGGGAUGUUUACAGCAAAGAAGGAAUAGAACGCGUGGCACAGCGGUUGCCGUUCCGCAAGGAGAAGGCACGGCUAUGGCGAAAGAGCUGCAAUUCGGAGCUCUUUAAAGACAGCUUGAUCCUCCCAGCUGGAAGGGAGGUAGUUCAGACCUCCCAGGGAGAAUCAAGAGGGAAAAAGAAUCAUCAUAUCUGACUACUUUAGAUUUGGACCCAAUUUUAACGAGAGUGGACAGAGAGUGCUCUUCACAUAUACUUUUUCUUUAAGAUUGGACCCAAUUCUGGAGAGCUUAAACUAUUCCAUAUCAAAAACUCGGCGCAUAUUUGAGUUCCCAAGCUGGCCUUUAUGGUAACUGGCGAAUGUACUUUCAGGGAUAGAAUAAGUUUUGAAUCAUAAUAAAAUUUGCUGAAUACUUGGAUGAAUUCCAAAGAUGAAAUGUA